CUGAGGGGGGAUGCUUCCAUCAUGGCGUCAAUGCAGAAACGACUGCAAAAAGAACUGUUGGCUUUGCAAAAUGACCCACCUCCUGGGAUGACUUUAAAUGAAAAGAGUGUUCAAAAUUCAAUCACACAGUGGAUUGUAGACAUGGAAGGUGCACCAGGUACCUUAUAUGAAGGGGAAAAAUUUCAACUUCUGUUUAAGUUUAGUAGUAGAUAUCCUUUUGACUCUCCUCAGGUCAUGUUUACUGGUGAAAAUAUUCCCGUUCAUCCUCAUGUUUAUAGCAAUGGUCAUAUCUGUUUAUCCAUUCUAACAGAAGAUUGGUCCCCAGCGCUCUCAGUUCAAUCAGUUGGUCUUAGCAUUAUUAGCAUGCUUUCCAGCUGCAAAGAAAAGAGACGACCACCAGAUAAUUCUUUUUAUGUUCGAACAUGUAACAAAAAUCCAAAGAAAACAAAAUGGUGGUAUCAUGAUGAUACUUGUUGAUGCCACUGUUAACAUCCUCCUAGCCGAAGAUAGUCCUACUGAGAAAAUGAGCACUUUGAUCAUUCAGUCUUUGAACUUUAACCUUUGACUGGAAGUGACCUAUAGGCAAUGAAGACUACUUCCUUUUACUGCAUUUUUACUCGUGUGCAUUCUGGGCGCAUGUUGAUCGCUUGUUCAGUCCAGGCAACUGACAUGCUUUAUUAGUCAUACAGUAUUAAUGCAGGUGUCAGGAAAUGUCAAAUAUAAUUCCAUUUUUAAUUUUUAUUUUUGUAAGCUUUUGGAAAAGUUCCAGGUCCUCAUGUAUUGUGCAAUAAUAACAAUGACUUCCUUGGUGGUUUUGGGAUGUUCAUUGCCGGCAAUGGACGUUAUAACAGGAAAAAUUUUCAUUAACUCCUGCCACCCAAUGAUGAGUGCAUAAUAGGGCCUAUGAAACGAACUUAUCGGUUAUAAUGGGAUUAUAAAUAAAGUGUGGGAUCCAA